CUCCUCCUCCUCCUCCUCCUCCCACGUCCUCCUCAGCUGCUGCAGCACUGAGUCCGUCCUGCAGCAGCAACCGCAGUAAUAACCGCACCUGUCCCCCGUUUUCUUCUCUCUCUUUCUCUCACUCUGUCUCAGAACGCGGUGGAAACGACUUCAGGAGUAAAACGAGGCGGAAACACCGUUCGGGAUCUACGAAUACCGAUGGCUCCACGCGCAGGCAUUCCUCCCGCUGGAAAUUACGCACCGCUCCCUUGAUGCUGCGGUGACUGAAGACACAUUUCCAGUGCAUCCCUGUUAAUCCACACACACAGCCGCUCAAACACAUAUGAAGUGAUUGCCUUCUGGGCACACGCUCUUAACAGGACACAAUGAGAGGCUACCUGCUGACUGCGAUCUUCCUUCUGCCCUUGGUGGCCUCUGAGUCAGAGCACUGUAUAAUAAAGCGUGAACAUGAGAAAUGCAUGGACAUGAUGGCCAUGCACAGCCCAGAUGGUGCUGAUUACGCCUGCCCAUGGAUGUGGGACAACUUGACCUGCUGGCAGGCGGCUAAUGUUGGUGAGGUUGUGAUGGUCAGUUGUCCAGAGCUCUUUCACGACUUCAUGAUCCCUGAAGAAGAGAUAGGAAAGGUCAGCAGAAACUGUACCGAGUACGGCUGGUCUGAGCCUUAUCCUCACUACGUGGACAUCUGCGUUCUCGAUGACAACACAACAAAACCAGACAUGUAUUUUGCGUCUGUGAAAGCCCUUUACACAGUCGGGUACAGUACCUCGCUGGUGUCGCUGACCACAGCUAUGGCCAUUCUCUGCAGAUUCAGGAAGCUCCACUGCACCAGGAACUUCAUUCACAUGAAUCUGUUCGUGUCCUUCAUCCUGAGAGCCAUCUCCGUCUUCAUCAAGGACAGCGUGCUGUACGCUCAGGAAGACAGCGACCACUGCUUCGUACACACAGUGGCAUGUAAAGCGGUGAUGAUUUUCUUCCAUUACUGCGUCAUGUCCAAUUACUUCUGGCUCUUCAUUGAGGGCUUGUAUCUCUUCACUCUGCUGGUGGAGACCUUCUUUCCUGAGAGGCGAUAUUUCUACUGGUACACCAUCGUGGGCUGGGGAACUCCCACCAUCUGUGUGACUGUCUGGGCGGUUCUGAGGCUCCAUUUUCACGACACUGGAUGCUGGGAUACCAAUGAGCACACUGCUCUCUGGUGGGUGAUCAAAGGACCUGUUGUGGCUUCUAUAAUGAUCAAUUUUGUUCUCUUCGUUGGAAUUAUCAUCAUCCUGGUGCAAAAGCUGCAGUCCCCUGAUAUCGGAGGAAACGAGUCCAGCAUUUAUCUCAGCUGUGCUCAGAAAUGCUUCAGUGAGCCCACACAGGCUGUUCAGCAUUCGUGCAGGAUGUCAGAGUUAUCCACCAUCACACUGCGUCUGGCACGUUCCACCCUCCUUCUCAUACCCCUCUUUGGUAUUCACUACACUGUGUUCGCCUUCUCACCUGAGGACGUCAGCAAGAGGGAGAGGCUGGUCUUUGAGCUGGGGCUCGGAUCCUUCCAGGGGUUUGUUGUUGCUGUUCUCUACUGCUUCCUGAAUGGAGAGGUGCAGUCGGAGAUCAAGAGGAAAUGGCGCAGCUGGACGGUGAACCGGUACUUUGCUGUGGACCUGAAGCAGCAGAGGCACCCGUCGUUGGCCAGCAGCGGUGUGAACGGCGGGACCCAGCUGUCGAUCCUCAGCAAGAGCAGCUCCCAGAUCCGCAUGUCCAGCCCGCUGGCGGAGAACGCCAACAUCAGCCUGCCGACCUGAGCGUCUGAUAGUCCAGAACCAGCUUCAAGGUGCCGAUCCGUUUCCUUUUAGACCAACCGGAGCAGACCAAAGUGGUCCCUCUUCACCUCUUUUAAACAAAGGGAGAAGCAUUUACUGGAGGUGCUCAGCUGGCUUUCACACGUUAAAGAUUUAUUUAUCUACACAAUAAUAGAAAUGUUAUUUGACUAUCUCGGGUCUGCGACAAAACUGUGGAUUCUAAACAUUUCUGUUUACUGAAGCACCUUGCAAUUUUUUUCAAUUUGCAUAAUUUUUAGAAAAUGUAAUUAACUACAGCUGGUGCCAAAACAAACACAUUUACUUGUAAAAAUGAAAAAAGUAUAAUAAUUUAAUAUGAAAUGUAAAAAAAUGGGUCACAAUUUGGCUGCUGGUGUAAAAUGAAUGUGCUUCAAAGUGCCAUACUGUUUUUGCCUGACUGAAUCUCACUACAGUCCAAAGUUAAAAACCAACCAAAUGUUCGCUUUGCUUGUAUAAAAGCUCAUCGUUUAAAUGUUUCGUCCUAAAUUCAAACUUGUUUCUACAAUCAGCCAUAAGUACAAAGUAUGUCAACAUGCAUUCAUGCAUAUAAAUAAUAAAAGGAAAGGAAACAGCUUAUGGAUUGUGUAAACAGUCGAUGGUGUCUAGAUGAGAAAUGCUCCUUUUAGCAUAGCGCUGUCGGAACUGGAGCCCAAAUCUGUAGAUUUUAUAGUGUAUCUGGGGAACCUGUUUGAAUUUCAGUUGAUUUCUUUGUAAGAAAUAAACCAUUAAACACAUUGUCUGGAAUUAAAAAUAACUGAUAGCCAUAGCGCUAUAUAUCCCCGCCUGUGAGGCAAAAUGAGACGAGGAUUUAGGUGUUUUGUGCUACAGUCACGCCGCGUUUUCCCUGCACAGUACAAGAUAGUUUUAUAUCUUCAGGCUUCAAAGCAUUUGGGUUUUUAAAUCUGGUCUAGAUGGAGCCUUCAGCUGCACAACAGGAGUUUCCUCCAGCUGGUUUUUGCUUUUCGCAGAUUUACCAAAAGCAGACUGGGAUCGUAAACUUUGCCGUCGUCCAAAGUCGUUUCUCCUGUUGCUGGUGACACAGCAAGCACCUAGAGCUCGAGCUCAUCAUGGCAUCUUAAGAAUAUUAAUUUGUAAUUUGUUAAUUUACCAACUGCUACGUUUGUUUUCCAAAGUGCCUAGUCAGUUACUAAUAGCUAUCACUAAAAGAAUAGUCUAAACAUGCAUAGAGGUCCUCUUGUGUUUUAUCGUUGUGGCAAAAUUAGAUUUUUGAGGUUUUCUUGUUGUUUUAAAUGUAAAAAAAACAACAACAAAACAUUCUGGUAAUAUCUUCCUUUUAAAAUGUGAAGUUAUUGAUAAACUUAUAGUGUUACAUUAACUGUGUCUGCUCCGCUCACUUAACACCAAAUGCAUCAAAAGUCACCACAAAAGGCUUUAAUUUAAUAAUUCAACAGCUCUCGACAAUCGUAAAUGAGUGUUGCUCUUUGGGGGUGUGUGUGUGUGUGUGUGUGUGUGUGUGUGUGUGUGUGUGUGUGUGUGUGUGUGUGUGUGUGUGUGUGUGUGUGUGUGUGUGUGUGUGUGUGUGUGUGUGUGUGUGUGUGUGUGUGUGUGUGCAAACGAGCUAACCAAGAGUAACUGUGCCAGUGGGCGCCAUUUUGGGUCAAAAUAAAAUGUGAAUCCUUAUGUACAGGAUGUGUUUUUCAUCAUGUGCUUCAGAAAUUUAUUAAUUUACUUAUUUCUUUUGUACUGUCACUCACAUGAGCUCUUGUUUAUUGAAAUGCCGGACUCUGAUGCUGUGUAUAAAUAUGGAGUUUUCAUUGAACCAUGUGCCGUGUACAGUAUUUAAGCUCCUUGACUGAUGUCUUAUUUAUUACAUUGAUGUUUGCUAGUUCAAAGUGCCAAAUUUGUCCUGUGGGGUGAGAUGUGGCUUAUUUUUUCUGACUCAGAAGUCAAUAACGAUGGGAAAAGAAGCCGUUGAAGUUCCAUAAACAUUGACACAGCAUCUAACACUGCUUGUUGGAAUAAACAAAUAAUAAAAUCUAACUAUAAUCAGUGACCGUUAGGUGAGAAAGUGAAUUACAUUAACAUUUAAAACACAGUGUGUCUGAGAAUUGGAAAACCGCUCUGCUGCUUACGUGCUUUAUCACCAGCAGUCAUUCUGAGUCCAGACUGGCUCAGGAGGAAACGACCAUGUUUUAAUGCUGUUAUUACCGUCUGUGAACAAGACCCCAUACAAGUGCGCUGCUGUGCUUUUGUCUACCACUAGAUGGCAGCAAAGUUUGAUAGUGUGGUCUUUUGGUUCUCAUCAAAGUCUUGCCAUGAUUAAUGAGCUGUUUCACAUAAAGUUACACCCUCAAAGGGGAUCUCCUGCACAAAGUCUAAUGCUAAUUAAUGGUGGUUUAUCCAAUAUCCCUAUUUUCUUACAUUUCAUUUCAGUUUUGAUGGAGCAUUUUCACCUAGUAUCAGCAUUUACAGGUGAAACUGGAAACAUUUGAAUAUGGUGCAAAAGUUAAUUUAUUUCAGUAUUUCAACUUGAAAGGUGAAACCAAUAUACAAGAUAGACUCGUUACAUGCAAAUCCAGAUAAUGCAAGCCUUUUUUUGUUAUAACUGUGAUGAUUACGGCUUACAGUUUUUGAAAACCCAAGUCAAAAUCUCCGCCAGUUAAAAUAUUAGGAAAAGAUUCAAUAAUUUAGGCCUGAUGUGUCAUACUCUAAUCAGCUAAUGAAUCCAAAACACCUGCAAAGGGUUCCUGAGCCUUUACUCAACUCGGUCUUUAUUUGUACAGGACCUUACAGACAGGAGACAUGGCACCAAGGCACUUCACAGACAAAAUAAAAACCAAUAGUAAACCGAAAUAAACCAACACACAGAAUGAAAACAGCAGCAUAACUAAAACUCAGAGGAAAACGCUGAAUCAUAAAAGUAGGCUUUCAGGCUUGUUUAAGGACAGAGGAAGCUCGUUCCAAAGCUGACACUGAAACGUCUCCAUCCCCUCUCGUAUUCAGACGUGAUCUAGGGACCUAAAGCAGCAGAAGAUCCUCAGAACGAAGCGUUGGAACCAGGGAAUGUGACCACAAUAGGGCUGCCAGGUAAGGUGGCGCCAGUCCAUUUAGAGCUUUGAAGACCAGUAAAAUAAGUUUAAAAUAAAUUCUAAAAACAACGGGCAACCAAUGUAACGUAGCCAAAAUUGGGGUAGGAUGCUCAAACUUCUGCUUACCCUCUACAAACUCGGCAGCUGCAUUUUGCACAAGCUUUAGAUGGUCUCUCAGUCUAAGAUGAAUUAGUGAAAUAAAUGGACUUUUUGCACCAUGUUCUAAUUUUUGGAGUUUCACCUGUAAACACUUCAUUGUAAAAUUUAACCCUUUUACUCUAAUGUUUCAAGUGAAAUUAGACCAACUCCACUCAGCAUGUCUGGUUGGUUUUAAUCAUGGAUAUGAGCCUUUUUUAUUUUAUUUUUUUUUACUUAUAAUCAAAAAGGACCCUUUGAGGAGUCCUGGUUCAUGUCAGCUUACCUGUGCAUCCACUCUCCUUGCUUUUUCUUUAGAAAACACAAUCAAAGCAAAGCUCUUUAUGUAUUUUCCAAAACGAUUAGAAAACACUCAUUUUAAAAACUUUUUUUUAUUGCCGGGAGAUUAAAAAUAUGACUCACAUUUCGUUUGAAUGCAAUAAACGGGCUGUAAAUAACAGCAUUUGCUUGUUUGUUUGUUUUUUUCAUUUUAAGACUGUAGAAGAAGGUCUUUGCAUCCUCAGCAAAAAUAAAUCAAUAAAUAACUUUUUUUUAUUAAAAAAGAAAAAUUUGCUACCAUUCCAAAAGAGUCCAAACUCUUUGUUCUAAUGCAUUUUUAUGUGAUUUGCAUAUUUGUGUUAAGACAGCUUAUUUAUUAGUUGUGGCUGUUAAAUCAGUCUGGUCAAGACUCUGUGAGUUGUAUGGAUUGCUGAUGAUGAAUUGUGAAUGUACAGUUCUCGCUACUCAGCUGCUCUUAGAUGUUGCCUGCUAUCAAGAUGCCCUGGUGUACAAAUGAUGUCUUUUCUCUUUCUAGAUGGUGUAUAUUUUUGUCACACAGGUGGACUUACGACCAAGAUCUCUAAUGUUUGUGACCAUGUUUUUUGUACAUUUGUUUAUGGUCCAGUUUUCAGAGUGUGUGUGAAUGUUUGAAAUUUGGGGAGUGUAAUUUGUGUGCACAUGUACGUCAUGACAAGAAUUUGUACAGAUAUGUCAUUUAAAUGUUGGGAAAAAAUAAUUUUAAUGUAAAAAUGUGUCAUCUAAGUUAAGCUCCACGUGUAAUGGUGUUUCAUGUGUGAACGUUCUGCUGUCCAACAUUCAUGUCCCAGUUUGUGCAAAACUGACUGCAAAAUAAAUGUGGUAAAUUGC